AUGCCACCAUUUUCAUCAUCGUCAUUAUCAUUAGACGAAAGCGACGACGAAGAAGCAAUAUACGAGCCACUUUUACCCAGAACUCACAAUAAUAAACGCAAAUUCUGCGUAAAAUGUUUAGGAUUUUUAUAUUGCCUUGGUGUGACGAUCUUUUUGUUGAUAGCAGUCAUCUCAAUAAUAGAUUUGUUUCAACCAUCUGAACCAAUUUUAAUCAAUGAUAUUUCAAUCAUUCCCAAGCAAUAUCAUUUAAAACAAAUAGGAAAGCUUUUAACUGAUGCAUGUAGCAUAUUUAAGAAAUGUGAAAAUAAUGGAGAUUUGGAAUUUCAUAAGAUUUCUUUGGUGACCGGAAAUAUGAAAAUAGGGUUGGAAUUCUUUUCUCCUGAUAAAUCAAUUGCAUUUGCGAAAACAAUGAGAACAAAUUCAAAAUUCUCUUCAACUCCUGAAAGAAAUGUUACCAUUAAUGAGAAUACACCAUUUCCAAACAUAUUGGUUGCCAUUUAUACCGUCUAUCAUGAUUUAGCAGUAAUAAUUUUGGGUGAUAGUGGUGUUGGAAAAACGUCUUUAAUGAACCAAUAUGUGAACAAAAAAUUUACAAACCAAUAUAAAGCCACUAUUGGGGCUGAUUUUUUAACUAAAGAAGUUUUGGUUGAUGAUUGUCUCGUAACAAUGCAGAUAUGGGACACUGCAGGACAAGAACGAUUUCAAUCAUUAGGUGUUGCAUUUUAUAGGGGAGCUGAUUGUUGUGUUCUUGUUUACGAUGUCAAUAAUGGCAAGAGUUUUGAAACUUUAGAUAGUUGGAGAGAUGAAUUUUUAAUCCAGGCUUCUCCUCGUGAUCCUGAGAAUUUUCCUUUUGUUGUUUUGGGCAAUAAGAUUGACGUCGAAGAAUCAAGAAGAAUGUCAAAAGGAAACAUUCCUUAUUUUGAAACAAGUGCCAAAGAAUCAAUCAAUGUAGAGAAUGCAUUCAUGACAAUUGCUAAAAAUGCUUUGCAACAAGAAAAUGAUGCAGAAAUAUACAAUGAUUACACGGAUGCGAUCAAAAUUGAUAGCGAAGCUCUCAAUGAUGGGUGUGGAUGUUAA